CCCGGCGGAUGCUCGGGGCUGAGCACGGGGUGGGGGCCGCGCAUCCUCAGCGCGGGUUUGGGGUCCCAAAGCUGCUCGGUGACCCCCAAAAUCGGCCGGGUUUUGCUGGCCGGACCCCGGGAGGGGGGAGCUGGGGCAUGUGAUGGGAUUUUGGCUGUUACGUCACGGCUUCGUGUCCCUGCGUGUGACAAAAUCCCGCGGUGGCGGUGCGGGGGCACGGGGAGCGCAGCCCGGGCGGGGACCUUGGGGUGACAGCGCAACUUUGGGGGCCCGAAAGCUCGCGGGGAGCAGCGAUUGCUCCCCCAGCUCCUCGCUCCUUCCCUGUCGCCUUCGGGGGGUGGAUUGUCCCUCCGGAAGAACAUCCUGGGCCGGAAAAAUCCACCGGGAAAACGCACCUGGGUUGGGAUGCGGCGCCGGGAAGCGCCGGGCCCCGGCGGCGAGCGCUGAGGAUCCCUCUGGCUGUGCCACCACAGGGGACAUUCCAAGGUCACCCCAAGGUACAUCCCAAGGUCCUGAGGCCACCCAGGGAAGCUCCAAGAUGAUCCCGAGGAGAGCCCAGGUCACCUGCGCCGGAAUCGCCUUCGCCCUCUGCCUCCAGCACCUCGUCAGUGCCAUCGAGGUCCCCCUGCAUUCAAAUAUCCAGAGUGAAUUGCCCCAGCCCCCCACAAUCACCAAGCAAUCCAUCAAGGAUUACAUCGUGGAUCCCAGGGAUAACAUCUUCAUCGAAUGUGAAGCCAAAGGCAAUCCCGUUCCCACCUUUUCCUGGACACGGAAUGGGAAGUUCUUCAACGUGGCCAAGGAUCCCAAGGUGUCCAUGAGGAGGAUGUCGGGGACUUUGGUCAUCGACUUCCACAGUGGGGGCCGGCCCGACGACUACGAGGGCGAGUACCAGUGCUUCGCCAGGAACGACUACGGAACGGCCCUUUCCAGCAAAAUCCACCUCCGGGUUUCCAAGUCUCCGCUGUGGCCCAAGGAAAAGGUGGAUGUGAUCGAGGUGGAUGAGGGGGCCCCACUGAGCCUGCAGUGCAAUCCCCCCCCCGGCCUCCCGGAGCCCGUCAUCUUCUGGAUGAGCAGCUCCAUGGAGCCGAUCCCGCAGGACAAGCGUGUGUCCCAGGGCCACAACGGGGACCUUUACUUCUCCAACGUCCUGGCGCGGGACGCACAGACCGACUACAGCUGCAACGCCCGCUUCCACUUCACCCACACCAUCCAGCAGAAGAACCCCUACACCCUCAAGGUCAAAACCAAGAAGCCCCAUAACGAAACGUCUUUAGGAUAUUCCCCCGCCAUGUACCGCGCCCGAGGGAUCACGGAAACCACUCCCAGCUUCAUGUAUCCCUACGGAACUUCCAGCAGCCAGAUGGUGCUCCGAGGGGUGGAUCUCCUGCUGGAAUGCAUCGCCUCCGGAGUACCAGCACCGGACAUCAUGUGGUACAAGAAAGGGGGAGAGCUCCCAGUGGGCAAAACCAAGCUGGAAAACUUCAACAAGGCCCUGCGCAUCUCCAACGUGUCCGAGGAGGACUCCGGGGAAUAUUUCUGCCUGGCCUCCAACAAGAUGGGCAGCAUCCGCCACACGAUCUCGGUGAGAGUGAAGGCUGCUCCCUACUGGCUGGAUGAGCCAGAGAACCUGAUCCUGGCCCCCGGCGAGGACGGCAGGCUCGUGUGCCGGGCCAACGGGAACCCCAAACCAUCCAUCCAGUGGCUGGUGAACGGAGAGCCCAUUGAAGCGUCUCCCCCCAACCUGAGCAGGGAGGUGGCCGGGGAUACCAUCGUGUUCCGGGACACGCAGAUCGGCAGCAGCGCCGUGUACCAGUGCAACGCGUCCAACGAGCACGGCUACCUGCUGGCCAACGCCUUCGUCAGCGUGCUGGAUGUUGCCCCCCAGAUGCUGGGCCCCCGUUACCAGCUGAUCAAGGUGAUCCAGAACAACAGGACCCGCCUGGAUUGUCCUUUCUUCGGGUCCCCCAUCCCCACCCUGCGCUGGUUUAAGAACGGCCAGGGGAACACGCUGGAUGGAGGCAACUACAAAGCCCACGAGAACGGGAGCUUGGAGAUGUUCAUGGCUCGGAAGGAGGACCAGGGAAUCUACACCUGUGUGGCCACCAGCAUCCUGGGGAAAGCUGAGGCCCAGGUCCGCCUGGAGGUCAAAGACCCCACCAGGAUUGUGAGGGGACCCGAGGACCUGGUGGUCAAACGGGGCACCAUGCCCCGGCUCCACUGCCGCGUCAAGCACGACCCCACGCUCCGGCUCACGGUCACCUGGCUCAAGGACGAUGCCCCCCUGUCCCUGGGGAACAGGAUGAAGAAGGAAGAGGAUGGUCUGACGAUCUUUGGCGUGGCUGAGAAGGACCAGGGUGAUUACACGUGCGUGGCCAGCACGGAGCUGGACAAGGACUCGGCCAAGGCCUAUCUCACCGUGCUGGCUAAUCGCUUGAGAGAUUUUACCAAAGAACGACCUGACCAGCCCCGGGACUUGGAGCUGACAGACCUGGCCGAAAGGAGCGUGCGGCUGACGUGGAUCCCUGGCGAUGACAACAACAGCCCCAUCACAGACUACAUUGUCCAGUUUGAGGAGGACCGCUUCCAGCCGGGAGUGUGGCACAACCACUCCAGGUAUCCCGGGAGCGUCAACUCGGCCCUGCUGAGGCUCUCUCCGUACGUGAAUUACCAGUUCCGGGUGAUCGCCGUCAACGACGUGGGCAGCAGCGUGCCCAGCGUGCCCUCCGAGCGCUACCAGACCAACGGGGCACGUCCUGAAAUAAAUCCAACAGGAGUUCAAGGGGCAGGGACCCAGAAAAACAACAUGGAGAUAACGUGGACCCCUCUGAAUGCAACUCAGGCUUAUGGGCCCAACCUCAGGUACAUCGUGAGGUGGCGGCGGCGGGACCCGCGCGGGAGUUGGUACAACGAGACCGUGCGGAGCGCCCGGCACGUGGUGUGGAACACCCCCAUCUACGUCCCCUACGAGAUCAAGGUGCAGGCCGAGAAUGACUUCGGCAGAGCCCCGGAGCCCGAAACCUACAUCGGAUAUUCCGGGGAGGAUUAUCCCAAGGCUGCACCCACGGAUGUCAGGAUCAGAGUCUUAAACAGCACCGCCAUAUCUCUGACCUGGACCCGGGUGCACCUGGACACCAUCCAGGGACAGCUCAAGGAGUACAGAGCCUAUUUCUGGAGAGACAGCAGCUUGCUGAAGAACCUGUGGGUCUCCAAAAAACGGCAAUUUGUGAGUUUUCCUGGAGACCGCAACCGGGGCACCGUGUCCCGGCUGUUCCCUUACAGCAACUACAAGCUGGAGAUGGUGGUCACCAACGGCCGAGGGGACGGGCCCCGCAGCGAAAUGAAGGAAUUCCCCACCCCUGAAGGAGUGCCCAGCUCCCCCAGGUACCUGCGGAUCCGGCAGCCCAACCUGGAAAUCAUCAACCUGGAGUGGGAUCACCCUGAGCAUCCCAACGGGGUCAUCACGGGAUACACCCUCCAAUACAAGCCCUUUAACGGGUCACGGAUGGGCCGGACGGUGGUGGAGAACCUGUCCCCCAACCAGACAAGGUUCACCCUGCAGAGGUCAGACCCCAUCUCCCGCUACCGCUUCGUGCUCCGCGCCCGCACCCAGGUGGGAGAGGGAGAGGCCCUGACGGAGGAGUCGCCGGCGCUGCUGGAUGAAGCCACGCCAAGCCCAGAGGCAACUGGGCCACCUCCAACCGCAGUGGAGGAAACCAGUCCUGAAACCAGUCCUGAAACCAGUCCUGAAACCAGCCCUGAAACCAGUCCUACAAUCAGCCCUACAAUCAGCCCUACAACCACCCCAACCACCACCGACACCACAACCACCACAACCACCACAACAACCACCACCACAACAACCACCACCACCACCAGCGCCGCCAGCACCGCCGCCAGCACCAGCGCCGCUGCCGAGAGGGCUCCGGCAGCCACGACCAAGCACGAGUUGGCCGCCAAUGGAUCGUCCAUAUGGGACAUCAGAGCCAUGGCGAACAGUAACUGGGCAAACAUCACCUGGAGCCACAAUUUCUCGGCAGGAACUGACUUUGUGGUUAAGUAUAUCACCAGUAACAAGACAGAGAAAUCAAUCCCCGUUAAGGCUCAGGGCCCGUCCUCGGUGCAGCUGGCGGAUCUGACGCCGGGGAUGAUGUACAAGCUGUGGGUGUUCCCCAUAUGGUCCCACCCCAGCGAGCACUCGUACAUUACCUUUACCACCAGCUCAGCCUACACCAAGAACCAGGUGGACAUCGCCACGCAGGGCUGGUUCAUCGGCCUCAUGUGCGCCAUCGCCCUCCUCGUGCUCAUCCUGCUCAUCGUCUGCUUCAUCAAGAGGAGCCGCGGCGGGAAGUAUCCAGUGCGGGACAACAAGGACGAGCACCUCAAUCCCGAGGACAAGAACGUGGAGGACGGAUCCUUCGACUACAGGUCUCUUGAAAGCGAUGAAGACAACAAACCUCUUCCCAACAGCCAGACCUCGCUGGACGGGACGAUAAAGCAGCAGGAGAGCGACGACAGCUUGGUGGACUACGGAGAAGGGGGCGAGGGGCAGUUCAACGAGGACGGCUCCUUCAUCGGCCAGUACACGGUCAAGAAGGACAAGGAGGAGACCGAGGGCAACGAGAGCUCCGAAGCCACGUCCCCCGUCAAUGCCAUUUAUUCCUUGGCAUAGCAAAAACCGCCGGGAAAAGCACCCACAGCCCGAGGGGUUCGGAGCGGCCGGGGGUUCCGCUGGCAGCUGCCGCCACCGCUGCCUCCGACAGGGAAGGGAACCAAGCAGGGACUAAAAACCACAAAAAUAGAGAAAAAAAAUUAAAAAUAAGGAAAAAAAAUAAAAAAAAAAAAAAAAGGGAAAAAAGAAAAAAUUCCAAGCAACCAGGCAGCCCAGGCGGCCGCCGAUGCCAUUUAUCCUUAGCAAAUGAGCCAACGGCAAAGGACGCGCGGGGCGGGAGCGGGAGCUGGAGCGGGAAUUGGGGCUGGGCUGGAGCGGCUGGAGGAGAGGAGAUGCUUGAGCUGCUCCCCAGUUUGGGGCUGCACCCCAUUUUUGGGGCUGCUCCUCAGUUUGGGGCUGCACCCCAUUUUUGGGGCUACUCUUCAGUUUUGGGGCUGCACCCCGGUUUUGGGGUUGAUCUCCAGUUUAAGGUUGCUCCCCAGUUUUGGAGCUGCUCUCCAGUUUUUGGGGUUGCUCCCCAGUUUGGGGCUGCCUCAGGGCCAGCUCGGAGGGGCCCCGUGCUGGGCUCGGCUCCCCGAGGCUUUAUUUGUUCUUUUAAGAGGGAGCUCCAAAUUUUUGGGUUUCAUUUUUCCAGGAAGGUUCUGGAUCAGAGGGGAGGGGGAAAAGAAAUCAAAGAAUGUGGGGGAGGGAAGAGCGGUGAGAGGGGCCUGGGCAGAGCAAAGGCACGGAAGGAGGAAAGGGGUGGAUUUUGGGGUGAAAACACUGGAUUAUUGAGCCGUCCAUCCUCACGGCAGCACCUUGCCCAUAACCUCUCCCAAAAACCCCUCCUUCCUGAAAAAACCUAUGCAGGGAAGAACAGGUCCCCACCACCUCCCUCAGCACCGGGGUUUGUCCAUGCUGAGGCUGGGAAAACCCACAGGGAGUUCGUCCCCCAUUCCCACCGGGCUCUGGAGCGUCCUGGGAGGAGAAGAGGUUAUGGAGGAAUCUGUGGGGUUUGUGGAAGGACAGGGAGGAGCCUCUCCCCCGCCGAGCCCGGGGUAACAGCACUGCAGAAAAACUUUUUUGGGUUUAAAUUUGCUUUGUAGGGAUUUUGGGGGGAGCCACCCCCCCACCCCACGCCUGCUUUCUUUUCAAGGCAACUCCAUAAAUCCUAUGUAGCAAAGAGGGCCUGGAAGCAGGAGCGGGAUCAGGAUAGGACGAGGAGACCAGAAUGAUUAACAGAAAAAUAAUCCAAGCCAGUUGGUGAGGAUGGAAAAACCCCCUGGGAUCGGGUGAAGGAUUCCCUGAAGGAUUCAGGGCCGCACCGCAAGGAAGAAACACCGGACUGGAAUCCACACCUCCGGAGGCACCGGGAUGAGCCGGACGGACGCUGUUUUUCCCACCAAACCCCUUCCUCCUUUCUGACAGUGGCCUUUCCCCCCUCCAUCCCUCAGCCAAGCCACCGUGGGACCCCCGUCCCACCUGGAGACUCCCAGGAUUUCAGCGACCCCCCUGAGCACUCCCUCACAUGCCUUACACAGCUUGAGACUUCCCGGGGAGUCACUCCAAGGAUGCUCUUCCCGCUCCGCUUCCACGCCCCCGAUGGCCUCGGAUCCACCCAAGCAGUAGGAAUAGGAUAUCUGGGAGCGUUCCCGGCUCUCCCAGCACGGAUCAGGGUAGAAGGCAGGGGUUCCUAACAGACUGCGUCCCGUGGAUCUUCCCACUUCCUGCACUUUUGAAACCAAAGGUACCUUCGCGGAGAGAGAGAGACAGAUUGGGUUUCUUUCGGAAAAGAUGGAUUUUCAGAUGGAUUUUCCUUUUGUUACUUUUGUUUUUCUGAGGAGGAUGGAGGGGUUUUUGGAUGGGAUGCAGCGGGAUUCGUGCAGUUCUUCUUCCUGCUCUGGAGACACAUCGGUGACAGGGAUACUCCCACUGCUAUGGAUUGUGGAGAGGGACUUUGCCACAUCCCGAUGGAUCCCGGGAAGAGCCCGGACCGGGCCGACGAGAGAUGGAUGCAAAUUAAUCCAAUGCAAAUGCCUUCCUUAAAAUAAUAAUUAUCAUUUAUCUUGGUUGUCUUCUCUGAUAGGUCAAACGUGGGGUGAAGAUGGAGUUCAUGGGGUUGGAUUUGGGGACCUUAAAAGGUCCCUUCCCACCCAAAUUGUUCCAUGAAACCAACGGCAAAGGAAUUCCAGGGUUUAGGUUGGGGUCAAGAGGCAGAGCCCCCUCCCAGAGCUGGGGGAGCUGUCCCAGGGAUGUCCCUUGUCCCCUCCAGCCGUGUCUCCUGGCAGGGACAGCCCCAGUGUGACCCUCAGUGUGGACACAGCAGCGCCCCGAUCCCACUCUUGCCCAUCCCAUUUGGGACAGCAGCUCCCGGAAUUCCAUCCAGCUUUUAGGCAAACACCCCCCAGGCCAAAGGUGACACCGCCCCUGGGCACGGGGACAAUCCCAUUCCCACCCCAUUCCAACUCCCGGUUGAGUUUGGGCACCUUCCCGCCCAAGCACUGCUGGAAAUGAGGAGAGGAACAAAUCCAGCCUCUGGAUCUGGGAUCUUCCCAGCAUUCCCAGUCCUCUCUGCUUUGUGGCCCAGCUGACAGGGACCACAAACCAUCUCCAAACCUCCGGGAAUUUGGCCGGGAUUGCUGGAAGCAGGUCUGUGUCGGGUAUCCAUGAUGUGCCAUUCCCAUUAAAACCCGUGUUCCCGAGCCGCCUCAUCCCUGAGGAAACCUCGCAGCAUCCCUUUGGAAAUGGAGGAAUGGGAAGGAGCUGGACUCUGCCCAACCUUAUCCCAAAUUCCCUCAUAAAAUUCCCAGUCCUACCCCCAGGGUACUUUGAGUAAUGAGAAGAGGGAGGAGAUGCAGAGGUGGAAGAACAACUCGGUGGAAGUUACUCACAGCCCUGUCUCAGCUCAGUGUAAAAAUUACUCAACAUUUUUAAGGUUUAGCAGAAAUUUUGACGUUUCUUCAGAACUUCCCCCCUGGAGUUUUGGAGCCCAAAGAAAAUUCAGGUUAAAAACUCAUCCCGAGCUUCUCAUCUGUUACUCCUUUGAGUAAAGUUCGAGGUUUGCAUGGGGAGCAAAGCCCUGACCCCAAACCUUCCACAGCGCUCGCAGGGUGACCCCACAGAUCCCAAAAAAACCAGACAGGGCUGGGAUGAACCCACACCGUGUCCUGGGAGCAUCCUUGGAGCAGGAGAUGGAUGGAGAAUCCACACGAGGAUUUGUGGUGCCGAGGGGCUUUCCCCGCCCUGAUCCCGAUCCCGCUCCCUGGGAGCUGCUCUGCUGCUCCUUCCCCUCUCCAGAGGGGACAUCCCGGCCACCUCCUGUCCUGCUUGCUGUAGUGACCCCCAGGACGAGCAGGGAUGCUCCCAUUCCCACCACAGGGACAACGAUCCCUCCCUGGGAUCUGCACAGCCUCUCUGGGAACACUUCCAGUUUUCCAGAAGAAAUAACCCUUCCUUCAUCAAGGGUUUAAAUUAGGAGCCAACUUCUAAUUCGUAAAUAAAAAGGGAAGAGCCAGACCCCAAAUUCCAACACCAGACCCCAAAUUCCAACACCAGACCCCAAAUUCCAGCACCCUCAGGAGCUGAGCUCUACCCCAAACGUGCAGAUUUGUCCUGUUCCUACAACAUUCCGAGCCAACACCUCAUCCAUGUCCUGGAGAUGAAUCCAGGGACCUCCCUGGCACCCAGCCUUGGGACAGCCGACAGAAAUGCCAGGAAUUCGGGAUACGAGAGGAUACUGCUGUUCUUCCCAGAUCCGGAGGCUGCUCCCGUUCUCCCUGAGGUGACGUCGCAGCUGGAGGCACAAAACCAGCGGGAAAAGCCGGAAUUUGGGUCCAAACCCUGAAAUCCUGCUGGGAGAAACCCAACCGGACACCAGGACAUGCUGUCCCCGCUGCCAGCAUUGCCCUCCUGGAGGUGACAGAUCCCAAAUCCAGGUGUCACCUUGGAUCUGGGAGAUCCAGCAGGAUCUGAGGGACAGCAGGUGGAGAAGGGAGGAGCUGGGCAGUGUCACCCAAGGCCACCACAGAGCUCAUUCCAGCCAUGCCACCAACUUUUCCUGGCACAUCCCAACGCCACCACCCAUCCUGGCACAUCCCAAACCCUCUCCUCGUCGCACAGGUCCCAGCAGAGCUGCGAGUGCCACCUGCGACGUCACCUCCUGGGCCCAGGCUUUCCGUGUACCUGCAGCAACCAAGAUUUCAGUUAAGCAAUAAAAAAAAAGAGAAAACCUUAUUAAGGAAAAGAAAAACCAAACAAAAAAGGACAAAAAAAAAAAAAAAAAAGAGACACCUCCGACUUCUUGCACUAAAAGCUGUUUUAUUAACGAGAAUAACGACGCUUUCCUGGUCCUCACGACGCCACCCACGGCAUCAGUAGCGCCCUUCGCCUGUGUCUCCGUGUCCUCGCAUCGGGCGUUGGGGUUUGGUUGUUCGACGCUGUCUAAACCCCGUGUCAGACCCCCAAAACUCCGUGUCAGAGCCCUAAAUUCCACGUCAAACCCUAAAAAGUCUGUGUUGAACCCCAAAAUUCCGUGUCAAACCCACGAAAUCCUGUGUCAAACCUCCAAAUUCCACGUCAAACCCACAAAAUCCUGAGUCAAACCUCCAAAUUCCACGGCAAACCCCCCAAGUCCCGUGUCAGCCCUCAAAAUUCCAUGGCAGACCCCCAAAAUUCCAUGGCAACCACCCAAAAUUCCAUGUCAAACCCCCAAAUUUCCAUGUCAGACCCCCAGACCGAAGUCCGCCCUCCCAAAUAUCAUUCCCAAUGUCCGUUCCUCCCGCUCACAUCCGACAGAAAGUCCCGGGACUGUUUUGUUUUAAUUUAAUUUGUAAAUAUCUCGCGCUCCGUCCGUCCUCUCUGUCCAACCUCCCGGCUGGUCUCAAGUAUUCCGUGUAUUUAUUUGCCUUUUUUUUAAAAGCAAAAAAAAAAGCAAAAAAAAAACCCCAAAAAAGCGAAGGAAAAGGAAAAAACAAACCCACCACCUUUGCGUUAACCCCACCUGUUCCAGUGAGAAACGUGAAGCUGAGGCUGUAAAAAUUCAGUUUCCAGCAAGAUUUAUGGACUGGAAGGGAAAAAUAAAAGGGUUUAAUUUAAGGACUUCUAAACCGACUGCAUGAGAGAUGAGAGAAGGCCAAACUACUCAGAUUUCUUUUCUUUUUCUUUUUUUUUCUUUUUUUUUUUUUUUUUUUUUGAAUCACUGGAAAAAAAAGAAAAGGCUGGAUUUUUUUGUAUAGAGAAAACACUAAACAUAUAAUAAAACAUGGUUCAAAAUC